AUGAACAGUGACAAAAUUCAAACUCAACUUAUGCCAAAAGAAUGGGGUAAUUAUUUUUUAAUUAAAUUUUUAUUUAGAUAUCAAUUUUUAUCAAAUUUUUUUAAUUGUUUUUUUAUUGAUUUAUUAAGUUAAGUGGAAGCCAUCUAUAUUAAAAAAUGAUGGUAAAUUGUAUAAAAUAGAAUAUAUUGUAGAAGAAAAAGAUGAAAAAAAAAUUGAAAUUGACGAAGUCACAAAAAUAGAGGAAACAGAUGCAUCUUUCAAAAUACAAUUUUCUGUAAACCAAAAGAACAUUUUGAAUAGUGGUAAUUAUUUUAUACAUAAAUGUUAAUAUAAAUAUAUUAAUGGAACAUUUAUUUAAAUAAAGGUGGCAGUAUUAUCAUUAAAAAGGGUACUUUUCCUGUUAAUGCCAAGGUAACACAAAUAAAUGCUUGUAGUGAUGGUUCAACGGAAAACCUGGAAAAUAAAAGUAUUCAUCGUGCUAAAAGUACAANGUCCUGGAUAUACAUUCAUUGCGAAAAAGAAAAGGGAAAAUAG